AUGAAAUCUCUCUUCUACGUGACUUUCCUGGCCAUUUUGUCUGCCGACCUACAUCUUUGUGCAUCCUCACGUCUCCUCCUAGCUGCUGAAGGGCCCGUGACAAUUCCAAAUGGCCAGCCAGCAGCAGGUCCUGCACCGGUGCCGAUUCCUCCCGCCGGAGUGUCGAAGAUCAUUCGAGCAAACCUGCCGAAGAAGGUGCCUGCCAACAUGCAGGUGAACACAUUAGCCAACCUCCCGAAGAAGGUGCCUGCCAACCCUCCGAUCAACAUUCCGGUGCCGGUUCCUCCCGCUGGAGUGUCGGAUGUCAUUCCAGCCAACUUGCCGGCGAACAUACCCGCCAACCUACAGGUGAACAUGCCAAGCAACCUCCCGAGGAACAUGCCGGUCAACGUUCCACCGCCAGUUCCUACCGCUGGAGUGCCGAAGAUCUUUCCGACCAACUUGCCGGCGAGCGUGCCCGCCAACCUGCAUGCGAAUACACCAAGCAAUCUCGCAAGGAAGGUGCCCGCCAAUCUGCCGAUCAAUAUUCCGGCACCGGUUCCUCCCAUCGGAAAGCCGAAGAUCGUUCCGACCAACCUGCCGGCAAACACGCCCGCCAACCAACAUGUGAAGACACCAGCCAAUCUUCCGAGGAAGGUGCCCCCAAAUCUGCCGGUCAACGUUCCGGCACCGGUUUCUCCCGCCAAAGUGCCCAAGAUCAUUCCGACCAACCUGCCGGAGAUCAUUCCGACCAACCUGCAUGUGAAGACGCCAGCCAAUUUCUCGGAGAAAAUACCCGCCAACUUGCCGGCCAAUGUUAUAGCACCGGCGCUGGUUCCUCCUGCUGGAGUGCCGGAGAUCAUUUCGACCAACCUGACAACGAACAUACCCGCCAAUCUGCGGGUGAACAUGACAACAAACCUCCCGGGGAACAUGCCCGUCAACAUUAUGGCGCCAGCGCCGAUUUCUCCUGCUGGCGUUCCACAGAUCAUACCGGCCAACAUUUCGACGAACAUGCCUGCCAACCUGUCGGUCAACAUUACAGCGCCGGCGCCGGUUUCUCCCGCUGGAGUGCCAGAGAUCAUUCCGACGAACAUUUCGGCCAACGUCUCAGUGAACAUGCCAGCCAACCUCCCGGGGAACUUUAUGCCUUCCAAUAACCUUCCGGCCAACGUUCCACCAGACGUGGUAUCCAGAAUCCCACCGGACUUGCUGGCCAAGCUUCCGGCCAACGUCCCGCCGGACUUGCUGGCCAGCAUCCCGCCGGAGACGCUGGCCAACAUCGAGGCGUCGCAGGGCCAGCUGCAGACCAGCGAGUUAAUUGCCGCCCUGCCGGCGAUGCAGGGCCAACUACCGGCGAACCUGCCACCGGAGGUGCUGGCCAAGCUCCCGGAACUGCAGAACCACCUGCCGGCCAACGUCACGCAGGAGAUGGUGGCCGGCCUCGCCGCCAUGCAGCAGCAGCAGCAGGGCCACCCCGGGGCGCCCGGGAGCGCGCCGGCCGCCGAAAUCCCGCAGCUCCCCAAGAUGCCGGACUUCUCCGGGCUGGCGGACAUCUCGUUCCCGCCGAUGCCGUCGGGGCCCAAGAUGCCGCAGCUGCCGCACGACAUGUCGCUGUUUGGGUACGACGUCCGGAUCCCCGAGUUCAUCAGCAAGAUGGUCGAUGACGCCGAGCAAAACUGAGGCCAAUGCAAGCAAGCUCCGUUCUACGUCAAUGGCUUCUAGGUUGUCACCUCCAGAUUUGCCCAAGUUUCGCCACGCUGCCAACAAUGUGCUCAUUUUGCCAAUCUUUCGGUUUGGGUGCAGUCUGGCUGGCAGGAAAGGUGUAGUCUGAUGGACUGUACUCUUG